CUGCGAGACGCGCUCACGCUGUCCACCCGAGAGUGGCGUUCCGCGACAGAGCUGACAGUGCCGGGCUUUUGGAGGCGGACAGCGCGUUCCCCGGCCCCGCGGGGGACAGAGAGCAGCAGCGGCGGUGCGGGAGGAUGCGCGGCCAGCGCGGGGGCCGCCGGUGCUGACGGGCUGCGGACGGCCGGCAAGCUGGUGCUCCACUACCUGCGGCAGGUGGUGUGGGGCUACGCGGAGGGGCAGCGCCUCAGCAGCAGCGGCGGCGACGCGCUCAUGGGCACCGUUCUCAGCUUCAGCCCGCGAGAGCGCCGCCCAGUCUACUCGAGCACCGGUUCGAUAGGCGGGGGCGGCGGCAGCAUGGGCGGCAGCAUGGGCGGCGGCGGCGGCGGCGGCGGCGGGGGCGGCGGCGGUGGAGGCGGCUGCGCCGUCAACAACGCCGGCUCCGUCACCGACUUCACGCUCAACAACUACAGCUACGAGCAGCUCAACAACGCCAAGAACCGCGAGAACAAGGCCGGCGGCGGCAACAACAACGGCGACAACCCGACGCCCAUCGUCGGCUCGCUACCCAACGGCAACGCCAACGCCACCACCAACCACAACCACAUCAACAACAAUGAGAACGCGCGCAUCAUCUCCGAGAAGAACGCCCUCGAGAAGAACUUCAAAAAGCACUCGCUCUUCAUCAACGCGCUCAGCUGGAAGCGGUUCUCCACCACCAACAAUAACAAGAAAAAGCUGGACAAUAAGAACAAGAACUUGACAGCUUUCCGGCAACCGCUGGUGGACAAUAUCCACCCGCUGGUGGUGGACAAGAACAAGAACCUCCAGAAGGCGGCGGGCAUCACCUGCUACUACAACCCUCCGGUGAAGACGCUGAGCGAAGGCAGCAGCCUGCAGCCGCGGCCGUCGCUCACCACGACGACCAGCACGGGCACGAGCACCGCGGCGGACGCCGUGCGCGCCAACAACGUCAACAACAACAGCCAGCAGGUGUGCGAGAAGCUGGGCCCCAAGGCGGCGCUGCUCGGCGGGUCGGCGGCGCCAGCGCCACAGCCUCCCGGGCCGCCGCACCACCACCACCACAGCCACCACCAACACCACCACCACCAGCACCAGCCCGUCCCAAAGAAGACGGUCAUCCAGGCCUCCACGUCGGAGCUGCUCAAGUGCCUGGGCAUCUACCUGCACAACAAGUGCUACCGGCUCAAGGACUUCCAGGCUGGCGACGCCGUGAUGUGGCUGCGAACCGUGGACCGCAGCCUCCUGCUGCAGGGAUGGCAGGACGUGGCGUUCAUCAACCCGGCCAACGUGGUGUUCGUGUACAUGCUGGUGCGUGACCUGGUGACGGAGGAGAACCUGUCGUGCGAGCACGAACUGCAGGCGGUCGUGCUCACGUGCCUCUACCUCUCCUACUCGUACAUGGGCAACGAGAUCAGCUACCCGCUCAAGCCGUUCCUCGUCGAGGACGACAAGGAGCGCUUCUGGGACCGCUGCCUGCUCAUCGUCAACCGGCUCAGCCGCAACAUGCUGCGCAUCAACGCCGAGCCCGGCUUCUUCACCGAGAUCUUCACCGAGCUCAAGGCGUGCGGCGCACAGGUCCAACAACAGCAACAACAGCAGCAACAACUGCAAGAACCUACACCACCACCACCACCCCCUCCACCACCUCCACCACCCCCUGCCCUCAGUGCAUCGGUAGUGCAACUGCAAAAGCAGCAGCAGCAACAGCAACAACAGCAGCAGCAGCAGCAGCAACAACAACAACAACAACAAAAGCAGCACCACCACCACCAGCAACAGCAGCAGUCAAAGCAAUGCCAACAACAGCAGCAUCCAGAGGGUGGGGGCCCAGUGGCACUGCCUGCGACUGCUUGACCUCCCACUGGUGGCCAGGGUCCCCAGCAGAGUGUCGUGUUGGUACGCCUGGCGCGCAGCCACUACGUCACUACACUGUGACCUGCGGCAGCCCCCGCUCUCCUCCCGCGCGGGGGCACGGCCCUCUAGCGGCACACGGAGGAGCUCCCUCCAAAACAGCCAACCAGCGGAAAACAGGCCUUUUGUCAACAAUUGCCGCUGAUCCGUCGAUAUACUGAAAUUUAUCUCAAGUAUACAAAUGCGUGUGCCACUCUUUAACAUCAGAAAUUGGGGAAAGUUGCUUUCUUUGCAGGUCACAACUUUUGAAGGUGGACAUUCUCAUACACUGAACAGAAUAGUUCCCCUCUGUCCCUUACGUAUCUCAAUCUGUGUAUUGCAUCAUAGCAGCUCUCUUCAGUGCAUACAUACUGUGCUAGUGAUGGCCUUAAAUUUUCAUUUUUCAGAAACAGAUCUGAUAAUAUGUGUGAAGUUAAUAGCCAAACUUCCAAGUUUCUUUUCAAUCCAACAUUAUUUGCUACCUAAUGUUUUGAACAAAUUGUGCAUGUCUUCAUUACGCUUUUUCCUCUGUAAAAGUCAGAUUACAAUUGUGUAAUUGUUCCCUCAAAGUGAUAGUAAUACCAGUCUUGUUUCAGUGGAUUUUCUGAUCCAGGUAUUCAUACAGCGUGUAAACUUAUUGUUUUCUAAAUAUUCUUCCACAAAACAAUUAUCUGCAGAGAUUACAACUUUCCUCACCUGUGGAGACUGUGGUUUUAAGUUCAUUGAUCUGUGAUGUUCCUGAUGGGUUUGGAAGGAAAUUAACAAAAACAUUCAAUGUUUAUAAGGCACAGAAGAAGUUGGUCUUUCUAAUUUAUUCUGUCCCUGCCAAGUGUUAUUAAAAAUCUGACACAGUGUUCAGUUGGUAUUUCCUUUUUGAGAAGCUUUUGCUGGACCUGAGGUGACUGUAUUAUGUGGAGGAUUAAUAUGUAAAAAAGUUUGAAAAGAUAUGGGGAUAAAUAGAACUUUAUUUUGAACCACCUAUAAGUGAGAAACAUUUCCAUUCACAGUACAAAAGUCCCUCAUGUGAUUCAGCAUAAUACUAGAGAUUUCUAUACCAGUUAUUGUUUACUGCUUUGUUUCCUAUGGUUCCAGAAUAUUGUUGCCGAAAUACUCAGGUAUAUUCAUGUUGACAUUAUAUGCGUUUCUCAUCUUCUUCAGGUACUUUGUUCUGGAAGUAGUGUCACAGAUGAAUGAGGUCAUUAUGCCUGCCACUGAACAUUACACCAGCCAGCCAACUUCACCGCUAAAAAAAAGUGAUGUGUUGAUUCCUAUUAUGUCAUGUGUACAGCACUCAAAAUUUUAAAACUGAAGCUGUACAGCUACAUGAAUCAUUCCAUGUGUUCCAUAUGAUGGCAUGAAAGUUGUAAAAUUAUUCAUCCUUUUAAAUGUAAAACAUUGAUAGGACAGCAGUAAAGCAGCAUUGUUUCAAACAUUUAUAUAUGUUGCAUUUCCCAGGGAAAAGAAAAUGAAAUUUUAUAUGACAAAUAUGUUUCCAGGGAAAUAACAUGGCCAACCAGUAGGACACACUAAAACUUUUUAAAGGCAUGGAUAUCAUCCAUGUGCCUUGUGUAACAAUUCUGAUCAGAUUAAACAACAUCUACAGACAUUAGAUCACAUUAAUAUCACUGUUAUUUUCUAUAUUUGAUGAGAACUCCUUCCAGUCUCAAGAUAUUUCUCUCUACAAAGACUUCAGACUUGUAGCUAAUGAAUAGGAAAUUCAUUACAAUAGUGCAGGGUGAACUGAGUGAUUGUUGUUUAAAAGAAUUACUACAAACACUCAGUCAUAAAUGUAGGAUAUAACAGGGACUAUGCUAAUUCAAAGUAUUCAAUUUACAUAAUGUAGUGUAACUACAUUGUGCCCACAUAUCCCUUAAGGGUUAAUGCAGGAACCCUUCUGGAAUGGACUUAAGUGGGCUUGUUGUUGAAUAUUUAACUAAAGUAAAGUAGAGGUAAAUUAAGUUAGUCAUAUAUAAGUAAUAUAUUAAAAGCCUGUAAAAAUUAUUUGCUUGUUUGCCCUUCAAGUUUAAGUGCUUUAGAAUAAUGUAUGUGAAUUAGAUUUUAAGUCUCUUAACAGAAAGAUUAUAUACAAGUAGUUCUUCCAAUACAGUCUACUUCAGUUUUAUGAUUUAGACCUAUGUGUCUCUCACGUCUAAUACUGCUGUGAGGAGCAUUCUAAUGAAAGAGUAAUUUAUUCAUUUGAUCCAUAAUUUUAAUAUUUGCAAAGAAAUUGUGUUUAAUUCUAUUGUUAACCAUUGCUGACAAAACAUAAAACAGUUCAGCAAGGCAAUACAAUUUUUCAUCAAAAACUUUAUGACUGAAUUUUCAGGUAUUACUGUGCAAAAAGUGAUAACAUUAUAAUAGCAAAGGUGUACAUUGUGCUACUCAUUCCUUUUCAGGACUUCACAUUAUUGAGCAUACAAUGUGAAUAUUAAGAAAUAUGCUGUUUCAACAAAAGACAGUGGAAAAUUACACCGUGCAAACUUCCUUUAAUAAUUUCACACAUGAGAGCUGAAUGUAAAAAUUUGUUUGUUGGUGCCGAAGAAGUGAAAGUUAGAGAGGUUGAUGGCUAAUGCUGAAUACCUUACUAUUUCAAAAAAUCAGGUGUAGAAUUCAGGGUAUCUGAUUAUAAACAAUUAAGUGAAUGUACCAUAAGUGCAUAAAAAGGCAGUGAACCAUGUUUGUGGACAUGCCAUUGUAACACGUGUCUUCUUUAAACCUACUUGUUCAAGAAAACUUGUAAAUGUAUGCAUGGGCUGUGUGAAUGAACUGACUAGCAGGAAUAAUUUAUCAAACCCAGGAGUGACUUAGAUUUUCUCUAUAUAUUGAUUACCUAAGGAUUUUCUCAUAGGUACAUAAAAUUUCGUUGGCUGAUGAGGCAAAUUCUUUUUAUAUGACUUAGAUGUUAUAUGCUUGUUUUGUAUUAUCAGCAGUCACAUUUUCCCAGUUCUCUCUUUAUAUGAAAGCUUGAAAGGAGGAAAACAUUUUUCUUUCACCAAAUGUUAUAUAGCUUAUUUUAAUUGCUGUACUUCACCUGUACUAAUGGAAACUUCAUCCUUUUUAGACUGUUUGCAGGUGUAGCAAGUGACUUCCUGAUAUGUUUUUUUUUCUAUGUUAUUUAUUACACCAAUCUGCCUGGUACUGUUCAUCUUAUUUGUCUGCUUUUGUUUGCUCCUUCUGUACUACUUACACCUUUUAAAACAUUAGUAGCAUUUUCAUCACUGUCUUUUAGAAUUUUUUUUUUUCCUGCCUGAUUUCCAGUCUGUGUGAAAUAUAUGCAGUGAGUCAGAUGUUUUCAUUUUCCAUCCCUUCAUAAUUUCUUCCAAUAACUUAAGUUCAGUUUUCCACUUAGUUAAUAAGAACACUCCAUUACUCACAUGAAGUGCUAAAGAAGCACCAUCCAAAAUUUCUGCCUUACAGCUUCAUUCCUAUUUACUGCAACAACACAACUGUACUCAGAUUAAAAUUACUCUGUGACUGAUGUUUCAGCAAGUCGAGUGGCAGAGGCUACCCGCCAAUCAAUUUUAGUUCCCUCUUGAGUGCCACAUGCUUGCUGUGUUGCUUAUUUUGUAGGUACAUGUAGUGCCUUGUGAAGUUUGGCAGGCUGCAUGCCAGCAACAUUUCCCCUUGACACUUCAAACUGUCAAUCACAAAGUAAUUUUAAUUGGAGUAUACACAGUUUCUGAUAGUACAAUUCCCUAAGUGACCUUACUCACUGUUAGGCUUUAUUUAUUUUAAAAUUCAUACAAUUUAAUCAGUUUAGAUGUAUUUGUAUGUUAUGGCAGUAAAAUGCAAUGCACACAAUUUUUUUUCAGACUCCUCUGAGAUAAUUUACAACAGAAACUGGAAAAUUUAAUAUGAAAACUAUGGGAGCAACUUAUGAAGCAUUCUCACUGAAAAAAAAACUGUGACUAAGUUAAAAUUAAUUUCUGCAGUUGGGGAUUAACAAUAUUGCAGGGGCAGACACAUGAGUGUAUGUUACAUAUACAAUAGCAAAAUCCUUUACUCAACUGUUUCCCAUCAGACACAAAUGUCUACAUCACUCCUGUUCCAGAAACCUUUAUUUUCUGCUUCCAUCCUUCAUUCAUAAUUGUGUCACAGUAUAAUACUUUGUUUGUUUACACAUUUUCAUAUUUAAUUGGUGUUUCUGAGACAUGUGUAUG